AUGUUGUUUGCAAAAUACCAUUUAAACAGCAGCAGGAGUAAAAACUCUGAAGUGCUGGGCAAUUUGGAUGCCUUAUUAAAAGUGCUGAAGAUGUUCAGAUUCUGGAUUUACCUGCCUUUCCAUCUUCUUGUGGCCAUGUGUUUGUGUCAUUCGAUAAAGGUGCCCACCAGUUCCCAAUACAGCUUCAAGAGUGAUCUCUUCAGCUGUAAUCAUUCCCUGAUUCUUGCAGAUGGUAAGGAAACCACAGUCCACCUGCUGAAGGAUAUACCUAAAAGGUACUGUUUCAUUCUGGAGGAAGACAGAGCCCCUGCUCCUUUCACGGUAACCGUGACACCCUGUGAUGUUCCCAUUGAAUGGAGUAUACUGGUACAUAAGGCAUCAACAAAAUUCCUUGGAAAAGCAGCACGUGGUGAUUAUGACACUCCUGAAGCCACAAAAUCUCAGAAGAUUCCAAAGUCGGUGUCCAUGAUAUUUAACUAUAAAGGAAAUUCUGUGGAGACUUAUAUGGGUAUGUCUUCCUAUUCUGCUUUCUAUAUGCUGGAGUUCCUAUCAGUUGAACGAGACACACACAUUACUGUAUACUUAACAACUGACACAACAUCUGGGCAUCUGUAUCCAGAACUCCCAAUAGAUCCACGCAUAGAUGUUAUCGGUAUUGACCAUGCAACUGUGACUCUAGCUUGGAAACACAGCCCAUCGGUCUUAAAGCACAAAGAAAACAUCCAGUAUUGUCUUCUAGUCAAUGAAAAACACAACUACAAGAGUUUAUGUGCAGCUGAGACAGCUAUCAGAUCAUCACGUAUGAAAUCACCACCAGCACUAGCUCUUUCUCUCUUUCCAUAUUUUCUAGACCAUCAACAGGUGAUGAUAUUGUCCAAUAGUGAAUUAAGUAUCAUCAACAGGGUUAGUAAUGGGGAAGUGAGGCAGAUAUGCAUGGGCACCAAGAAUACUUAUACAGUGCCCAACCUUAGACCCAGCACUCAAUAUUACUUUGAUGUUUUUGUAGUCAACCUCCUCACUAAUGCAAGUGCUGCCUACACUGGAACAUUUGCAAGAACUCUUGAGGAACCUGAGCCUAAAGUUAUUGAGUUGAAGGAUGGGAAGGUAAUUCAUUUAAUCCUGGAUGGGAAAAAGCAGAAAUUCUACAGCUUGCAGUACCAGGCUAGACACAAGAAGAUCCAAUUCACCUUUCAAUCUUGUAGUGGCCAAGUAGGGGUUCAGAUAGCAAGGAAUGGCAAAGUACUGGCCUCAGAAAACAUUGCAGGCUUCAGACAUUUCUCACUGAAGGGAAAGCUGCUGGACACGUAUUUGGUGCAGCUAAGGUCCUUGGACCAUACUAAUUCUUCUGUGAAAGUUCAAGUAUCCUCUCACUUCCACAAGCCUUUCUUCCCACUUCUUCCAGAAAGCUUAAAAAUCAAGUCCUUUAGUAAACUGAGGACCUGCAAUUCAGUCACCAUUGCCUGGCUAGGAACACAAGAGCAGAGCAAGUACUGUGUGUACAAGAAAAGGAUCAAAGAGGAUCAAGUUUGGAUGGAGGUGAGGAGUGCAGACAGGUGCUCCGGGCCCAAAUCCAGACACAACUCUGAGAAAGUGCUGUGCAAAUAUUUCUAUGAUAUAAAUCUACGACGAGCAGUCACCACACAGACCAUCAAGGGAUUGGAAGCAGGGACUCUCUACCUGUUUGAUGUUUAUCUAACUGGACCUUCUGGGAUCCCGGUAAGGUAUCACAGUAAAGUUGUGAAGACCAGGAAAAAAUGUUGA